AUGGACCGAAAAAGGAAAAUCGACGACACAAAUAGUCAAACAAUAUCCGUUUCUAAAGCUGCAAAAUUCAAUGCUCAUACAUCGAGAAAGCUACAAGCUGCCGUCAGUCAUGAUCCAGAGAUUGAUUUGACCACGCAAAUGCCAAUCGAUUACACCGGCCGCCUGAUCAGAAUGCAAACUAGCAAAGAAGUCCUUGGCGAGCGAGGUCCUCUGGAAGGCUCCAUUUCCACUUCACAAGAUGUUUUCAAGUGUGCUGCGGACAUCGUUGUUAAAGCGGUGCGGCAUAUAGACGAUUACACUGAGUACACGACCCUGCAAUAUCUCGAGCGACAUAUACCAGAUUGCCCGGCUCCAAGGCCUCUAGGAUGCGUGCAAAUGAGUGGAAUAUCACUUAUUUUUCUGACUCACAAACCAUCGAAGUCUCUUGGAGAGGUAUGGCAUGGCUUGGAUAGUGACCAGGAAGCUUCGGCCAAGGGUCAGCUGGAGACUAUUUUGACAAAAUUAAGAUCGUUGCCCUAUGUACAUGGGCGUCCUCUUGGAGGAAUGGCUGGCGAAGGCUGCAAAGAUGCCAGAAGGCACCUUCGGCGGAGUAAUAAACCGAUCAAAACACUUAGUGAAUUCGUGGAGUUCCUUCGUCAACUUUCCCCAUGCUUAUCCUCUCCUCCCAAUAUUGUUUUUACGCACGGAGAUCUUCGGCCGGAUAAUAUUACGGUAGAGAUCGUUGAUUGUAAUCGAUGUGUCGUUACUGGCCUUCUUGAUUGGGAGUAUAGUGGCUUUUACCCAGACUAUUAUGAAGCUGUUAGGUGCACCAAUUCCUUGUCUUCGUGCGAGAACGACUGGUUUUUGUUUCUUCCUGAUUGUAUUUCGCCGAAACGCUAUACUCAUUGGUGGCUCUUAGAUCGGGUGCGAGAGACCAGGAGUAUGUGA